UUUCAUUAACUCCUAAUGAUUCAUAGGUUUGUGUUCCAAGGAGUUGGGAUACAAUAACAACACCUCUUCCAUGCUGAGGCAUUACCGUGCCCUGCAUGAGAAUAAGGAGGCCACUGGAGCCACGCCCAGAAAUGCCACCAGGAAGCAAGAGCUGGAUGAGCUCCUAGUCAACCUCGUUGUCAAGGAUACACAGCCCUUCAGCAUUGUGGAUGGGGUUGGAUUCAAGGCAUUUGUGGCAAAAUUGGAUCCAAAUUAUGUUCUUCCAACUCGGCAGGCUCUAAAGGCCAUGGUGGAAGAAAAAUUUGAGUCUGCUAAACAGAAGGCCAAGGCUAAAGUAGGAGAGGUGGCUGCUGUUAGCCUUACGACUGAUAUGUGGACAUUCAUGAACAUGGAUGCCUACCUGGCUGUAAUGUGUCAUUUUCUGGAUGACAAAGCAAGGCUCAAUACUGUGCUGCUGGGAGUGCAGUCAUUCCCCCAGUCACAUACUGCUGAAAAUAUAGCGUGUGUGAAAAAAUCCAUGAUGGAGGAGUGGGGAAUAUCCAACAAGGUGACUUGUGUGGUGACUGAUGGUGCUCCUAAUAUGGUUGCCUGUGUGAGGGAACUGAAGCUUCGGCAUCAUAUUUGUGUCGCCCACACAAUGAAUCUGGUGGUGAAGAAGUCCCUUGACCAGCACCCUGUGCUCUCUGGCAUCCAGGCUAAAGCAUGGAAGCUGGUUGGCUACUGUAGAAGCAGCACUACUGUUAAGGAGAAGCUUUCACAAGUACAGCGCCAUCUGGGGCUACAAGAGUUGAAGCUGAUGCAGGAAGUGGAAACCAGAUGGAACAGCACCUAUUUAAUGUUGCAGCGUCUGAUGGAGUUACGGGAGCCAGUUGGAGCAGCGUUAGCUGGACUACAGACUGACAUUCCCAUUCUAACAUCAGAGGAGUUCGAAAUUGUACGAGGGUGCCUUUCUUUGCUAAUUCCCUUCUACCAUGCUACUGUUGAGCUCUCUGCAGAGGAGACUGUUUCUGCCUCCAAAGUCAUUCCCCUCUUAAAGGUGUUGGAGCAGAGCCUUCAGGAGGAGAUGGCCAAACCAGCACCACCUGCCUCACAUGAAAACUAG